UACGGUGAUACACAUGUUCAGAUUCGGUAAUAGGUUCAUGUUCUCUCUCUGACUCUCUCUCCCUCCCUCCCACUGAUCGUGCAGUUUCGAAGACGAUUGCGUCCGCCAUCCACCCGUCUUACCAUCUCCGACCGUAAUGAUUUUGCACUAACGGACUAUCGUUUCUGUCCCUCCCACUGCUAGUUCUGGUUCAACGACGACAGUCCGGCGACAGACUCACUCCGACGUCCUCGCUAGCGUGACGCAAAAUCCAAAAAACCAAGCAACAGAAAAAUUCUAGUGCCGUGUAAAUGGCAAGGAAUCCUAUACGUGCUCCAAGAACUCCAAACACAACGAGCAGUCAUAAGCCAAGUGAUGCGUCUGCUGUUGAUGAGGGAUCCCAAACCACUGAUAGUGUUAGACGCACAAAGAGGUCAGCAUCUGUGAUACUGGCCUUAUUUGUUCUGGUCAUAAAUGGCUGUUGGGCAGUUCAUCAUUAUCAGUUUGAGGCUAUGCCUGUUCCUCUUGCUGCUGACCAGGCAGGCAAAAGGGGUUUCUCCGAGGAAGAAGCCAUGAAGCACGUGAAGGCCUUGUCUGGAUUGGGCCCACAUCCUGUUGGUUCUGACGCUCUUGAUCUCGCUCUCCAGUAUGUCUUGGGAGUUGCAGAAACUAUCAAGAAAACAGCUCAUUGGGAGGUUGAUGUUCAAGUGGAUUUUUUCCAUGUAAGCUCUGGUGCCAAUCGUCUAGCCAGUGGUCUUUUCAAGGGGAAAACACUUGUCUAUUCAGAUCUGAAUCACAUUGUAUUGAGAAUAUUGCCAAAAUAUGCUUCUGAAGCAGAGGAAAAUGCUAUUCUAGUCUCCUCCCACAUCGAUUCUGUUGUCUCGGCGGAAGGAGCUGGUGAUUGUAGUUCAUGCGUAGCUGUUAUGUUGGAACUUGCUCGAGGAAUUUCUCACUGGGCUCAUGGAUUUAAGAAUGCUGUCAUAUUUUUAUUUAAUACUGGGGAGGAAGAGGGGUUAAAUGGUGCUCACAGCUUUGUAACUCAGCACCCAUGGAGUGAUUCUGUUUGUUUGGCUAUUGACUUGGAAGCGAUGGGUAUUGGAGGGAAGUCUGCUAUAUUUCAGGCUGGUCCUCAUCCAUGGGCUAUCGAGAACUUUGCCAUGGUGGCAAAGUACCCAUCUGCUCAAAUACUUGCACAGGAUCUUUACUCUUCUGGAGCCAUAAAGUCCGGAACAGAUUUUCAAGUGUACAAAGAGCUGGCAGGUCUUUCGGGGCUCGACUUUGCAUACGCGGAUAAUACUGCUGUAUAUCACACAAAGAAUGACAAAUUAAAGCUUUUGAAACCGGGUUCACUUCAGCAUCUUGGAGAAAAUAUGCUUGCGUUUCUGGUUCACUCUGCUGCUUUCUCUCGUAUCCCUAAUGACAAGGCAAUUGCAGCAGGCCAAAAGGCUGGCCAGGACACUGCUGUAUAUUUUGACAUUUUGGGAACUUACAUGAUCGUAUUCCGUCAGCGUUUUGCCAAUCUGCUUUAUAAUUCAGUGAUUAUGCAAUCACUUAUGAUAUGGACCACAUCACUGCUAAUGGGUGGUUAUUCAGCUGCAAUUUCAUUGGCCUUGUCAUGUUUGAGUGUUAUCCUUAUGUGGAUAUGUUCAUUGAGUUUAUCCGUUCUUGUUGCCUUUAUUCUACCACUUAUAUCUUCAACACCAGUGCCCUUUGUUUCAAGUCCAUGGUUGGUAUUUGGUCUAUUCGCUGCUCCUGCGCUCCUUGGGGCAUUGACUGGCCAAUAUUUGGGUUAUCAAAUUCUCCACACAUAUUUAAUGAAUGUAUCUUCCAGAAGAAGGGGUAAUUUGUCUCAGGUAGUUCAAGCUGAUUUGGCCAAGUUGGACGCUGAAAGAUGGCUCUUUAAAUCUGGUUUGGUGCAGUGGUUUGUCUUGCUGCUGAUUGGAAACUAUUAUAAGAUCGGGUCUUCCUAUUUAGCUCUUGUUUGGCUAGUCUCACCUGCCUUUGCAUAUGGUUUGCUUGAAGCAACCUUAUCCCCUGCCCGAUUGCCGAAGCCGCUCAAGACUAUUACACUGCUGAUGGGCCUAUCUCUACCCUUUCUAAUUUCUGCUGGCAUGUUUAUUCGGCUGGCCGGCACAAUAAUUGGCACUGUAGUUCGUUUCGACAGGAACCCUGGUAGCACCCCUGAGUGGCUGGGAAAUGCAAUACUUGCUAUAUAUAUUGCCAUCAUCAUAUGUUUGACGUUGGUGUAUCUGCUUUCAUGUGUUCACUUUUCAGAUGCAAAGACAUCAAUCAUCCUUGCAACUUGUCUUUUGUUUGGGCUCUCUAUUGCUGCAGUAUUAUCUGGUAUCAUCCCACCAUUUACAGAAGACACCUCCAGAGCUGUAAAUGUUGUGCAUGUUGUGGAUACAACAGGAACGUAUGGUGAAAAGCUAGAACCUAGUUCUUAUGUUUCUCUAUUUUCAACAACCCCUGGGAAGUUGACAAAGGAGAUUGAACAGAUUGGAGAAGGCUUUGUUUGCGGUAGAGAUAAGGUCCUUGAUUUCGUUACCUUUUCAGUAAAAUAUGGUUGCUGGACCGAAGACAAUGUCGAAGGUGGGUGGAGUGAAUUAGAUAUUCCCACACUGCAUGUCGAGAGUGACACAAAAGCUGACGACAGAAACACACAAAUUUCAAUCGAUACAAAAAGUUCCAUACGAUGGUCUCUUGCUGUUAAUACAGAAGAAAUUGAGGACUUCAAGUUGAAAGAUAGCACCGAGGAGUUGAUUCCACUGGGUGGCAAGAGCAGUACAGAUGGAUGGCACAUUAUUCAGUUUUCAGGUGGGAAGAGUGCACCUAAAACUUUUGAGCUGUCCUUAUAUUGGGCCAACAAUUCAACCAAAGUGAUUCAGCAGAAUGACAAGAGAACGGAUCGACAUCUCCUCCUUAAGUUGAGAACCGACGUUGACAGAUUGACACCAAAAGCUGAAAGAGUUCUCGAAAAGCUCCCUUCCUGGUGCUCGCUAUUUGGGAAAUCUACAUCUCCCCACACGCUGGCUUUCUUGAGUAGUCUACCAGUUAAUUUUUAGUUUUAACACGUUUUUUAACGCCCACGACAUGCACGGACAGAUAGGAGAAGGUUUAUUGUAAACGUUGAAAUACGUUUUGAAAAAAAUAAAAUUCCCAGAUUUCAUUUCUUUCA